UUUAGUCAAGAUAGGCGUAAUGACGGCUCGUCGCUUUACUGCUGUUCGAUCGAAUAGCGACGAUUGUACGCAUUCGGCAGCACGCGAUCCCACGACGAACAACGAGUACUCGCAAAUCGGACGAUAUGGAUGCUUGGUCCAUCAGUCCCAAAGAUCUGAAGCCGAUCGGCGUUGGGGCAGCCGAUCAGCAAAAGCAGCAGCAGCUACAGCUACAGCAGCAACCCCUUGGACCCAAGAAAUUGACGAUGGCGGCGACGGCGGCAACAAGUCCGACGUGUUCCACACGCUGGCGCCCGUCUACCACCUGAGCAAGAUCUGCGGACUGCUGCCCGUCAAGUUCAAGGUCAACAAGGCCGGCAAGUACGAGGGUCGCCUCGACGUGGCCGAGGUGGUUUACGGAAUCGUCCUGGUCGCGGCGUUGGCGGGUGCCCAGUGCUACGGCCUGUAUCGGGACCUGCGCAACGGCUGGGAGAACAGCACCCGGCUGUCCUCGGAGACGGCCAUCACCGUCACCUGCAGCGACGUCUUCGCCGUCAUCUCGGCGGCCUUCGUCGCCAUACUCGGCUCCGGCUAUCGCUGGCAUCAUCUCCAGGACGCCCUCAACAAGAUCGUCGACGUUGACGACAAACUUCUCGACGUCCCUACGUCCGAGCGUCUGCGCAGAGUCUCGAUAAUCGUGAUCGUCGCCUCGCUCGUCUACAUCGUCGUCAUCUCCAGCCUCGACUUCGUGUCCUGGCGCGCCUCCUCGGCCGGCAAGAACAACGCCCACUUCGGCGACAAGGGCCCGAUCAAUUACGCGCCCAUCUACUUCAUGUACAUCGUCGUCACGGUGUUCGAGGUGCAGUACGCCCUCGUACUCUUCAACGUCGGCGAGCGCUUCCUCAAGCUCAACAAGUCCGUGGCGAAUCUCACCAAGAGCAACAUGGCCCUGGAGCAGCUGUUUCGAAGAUUCACCCAUCGUCAUCAGCAGCAGGAGCAAUCGAUGGCCUUCUUUUCCAACGAGAUCGGCCACAUCGGCAGAUUUCGCCGGGCCAACAACAACAACAAGAUCUCGGACUUUGGCCCGGGAGCCGGCAUUGGCACCGAGGCACCCUCGAAAACCGCCGAACUGAUCGGCCGUCUGAUCGGCCUCCACGGCAUCCUCUGCGACAGCGUCAAGAACAUCAACAAGGCGUACGGCGGCGCCGUCGUGGUAGGCACCAUCAGCUGCCUCAUCCACCUCAUCAUCACGCCCUACUUCCUCUACAACGAGAUAUUCUCCGACAGCAUCAGCAGCUGGUACGUCCUCACCAUGCAGGUCUUCUGGACGUUCUUUCACGUCUGCCGGCUGCUGUUUCUCGUCCAGCCCUGUCACAUGGUGUCCGUGGAGGCGCGCAAGACCGGCACCCUGGUGAGCCAGGCCCUGGCCAGCAACUGGCAGCCCGAGGCCAAGAAGCAGCUCGAGAUAUUCUCGCUGCAGCUGCUACAGAGGCCCGUGGAGUUCACGGCUUGCGGACUGUUCUUUCUGGAUCGCGGUCUGGUGACUUCGAUUGCCGGAGCGGUCACGACGUACCUCGUGAUUCUCGUGCAGUUUCAGAACGCCGACGAGACCAAGGGAACGAAAAACAUGCUCCAGAACGCCACCGAGCUACUCAAGAACGCCUCGAGCUUCAAAAAUAUUACCUUCAAAGUCAGAUGAA